AUGUUCACCUAAAAAUGUUACAAUUACUAAUGAAAUUUUAGCUAAUUAAUGUCAUCAUCAUUCUUAUGUCAUUUUUUCCCUUCUAUUAUAAAUCCAUUGAGAAAACGCAUCAACCCUCAAGCCCAGAUCCUCCUCUCUUAGUGAAGAUGAAGAUGAGAAUGAGAAUGAACUUGUAUUGGGGAAAAGAUGCCAUAGUACUUUUUUCGGAGUGGCCAAACCACAGUGUUGGCAUGUACAUGCUAGCUAUCUUGCUUGUGUUUUUCCUUGCCAUGCUUGCUGAGGUUCUGUCGAACCAGCCUCUCAUCAAGCGCGGAACAACUCCCAUUGUUGGAGCUUUAACUCAAGCUACCACCUAUGUGUUUCGCAUCAGUUUCAGUUACUUGGUGAUGCUUGCUGUCAUGUCCUUCAACUUGGGAAUCUUCAUAGCGGCUGUUGCUGGCCAUGCCUUGGGAUUCUUUUUUGCCCAGUCUCGUGCUCUUGCUCUUGCCAAUAAACAACAACAACAACAACAACAACAACAACAUUUGUCCUCUGAUACUGAUAAAGUUUGAUUUGAAUUACAUUCUACUAAGCUUAUAAUGCUAUUGCAUAGUGCGUACCUUACUCUACAUAAGUAUUAUGUUUUAUUAAUAUAAUAAUAUAUAUAAUGUACCCUUCACCUUAGACUUAGAGCUUUAAUAACUGCUUGCCGGUUUUCUAAGUGAUUUGUUAGUUUAAAGAACGUCUAAAUGCCAUCAAAUGUCCAGUUUGAAACUAGCACAAGUUAAAUAUCCAAUAAAUCAAAAGGGUGUUUCUAAAAAAAAUGUCAUACUACUUCGAUUAUUCCACUACUCUUCUUUUUAAGUGUAUCUGAAUCUUAACUUCUUUGUAAAUCCUUUACUCUGGUUCUUUUAUUUUGGUACAUACUCUGGUUCCUUUGUAAGUUAUAUGAAUAAUUAAUUCAAUUAUUUCACAAUUAUUCCAUUA